GGCUAGGUUACACAGUUUCUUUCGUGAACGAGAAAAUUUGAGUCUGUCUGCCAGGGAAGGAGAAUUCGAGGAUGAAAUUAUACGCAUUAAGUGUUGUUCGUAAAGAUAUUAAGUCAAAGACAUUAGUUUCAGCAUAUGAUCUUCAAUCCUUUGGGUAUUUUCAGCGGUCAAGCGUGAAAGAGUUUAUGCAGUUUACCAGCCAAAUACUUGUGGAGAGAACAAGAACUAAUGAGAGAGCCUCUGUGACAGAAAAUGAAUACAUUUGCCAUGUCUUUGUCAGAUCAGAUUCUCUUGGAGGAGUUAUAAUUUCUGACAAUGAAUAUCCACAAAGAGUUGUUUUUACUUUGUUAAAUAAAGUUUUAGAGGACUUUUCACAGAAAAUUUCCCCAUCAGUUUGGAAAACAGCUGAACCAAAUACAAUAGUGUGGCCAGAAUGUGAGAAAUAUCUACAAGAUUAUCAGAAUCCAAGAGAAGCUGAUGCAAUGACUAAAGUGCAGGCAGAACUGGAUGAAACUAAAAUAGUUUUACACAACACAAUUGAAACUGUUCUUGAGAGAGGAGAGAAACUUGAUGAUCUUGUAGAAAAAUCUGAAGGACUAACCUUGCAAUCAAAAGCCUUCUACAAAACGGCAAAGAAGACAAAUUCAUGUUGCAGUAUACAAUGAAUAAUAACAAGGAAUUGUCAAAAAGGAUUAUUAUUUUUGUACAUACAUAGUAUUCCUUCAGUUCUGGGACUGAACAAAAAAACUUUUAAGGGUUAAAUGUGUAGUUACUGAUUGAAAAGCUUCACUAGAGUUUUGUUCAUCAAAAACUCAGUGAUACAUUGACCAGGUGAUUGCCUCACUCCCCCCUCCCCUGCUUCAAUGAAUCCAACAGUAGGAACACUACCGUAAAAUUAAAGCAAUACAGACUUGAAAGAAAUGUUAACAAGUCAGACUUAUGCCAUAUGCAAUACCACUACUUAUUUAAGAAAUCUCAAUGUUCCCAAGAAAUAGUGCAUUGUACAUGUACAACAAAAGUGUGAGCAUGACCAUAUACAAAUUAGUUGACUGUACUUCCUUUUGUACACAGACAAUUGUCUUGCUUACAGACAUUUCAAGGAAAAAACUGCAGUUAAGUUUGUUCAACAGCAGAGCUCUACUUAUCAUUGCAACAUGAAACAAAAAGAAACAACCACUUCAAAAACA